AUGAACGAGGAAUAAUAAUUCUAUUUGAAAAACAAAGAAUCUUCAACCGAUAAAAAAGAAAAAUUAGAAUAACUAAAAUAAAAUUUAAAAUAAAAUAAAUCCGAAGUAAGUCCUUUAGUAUAAAUUUGCACUACUUUAGAUUAGGCAACUGCCCUUUUACAUAUUUUGGACAGUUUAAAAGAAAAAAAUAACUUCACCUUGUCCCUUACAGCUUCUCGUGGAAGAGGUAAAUCCUCUUUAUUAGGACUUGCUGCAGCUUAUUGUAUAUAAAAUGGAUAUUCUAACAUAUACAUAACAUCUCCAUGCGUAUUUAACGUGAGUUCUUUUUUCAACUUUUUAUUGAAAGGAAUUGAUUAAUAUUCUUGGGUAGAAAAUGUCGAUUAUGAAAUAAUGUAGAGCUGUGAAAAAGAUUUAGGAAGAGAGAUAAUUUAAAUAAACUUCAAAAAAAAUCACCGUUAAACAAUUUAAUUUGUACUUCCUGGAGAUUUAGGACUUCUUAAAAAUUAAUGGGAUGUCCUUUUUAUCGAUGAAGCAGCUGCAAUUCCCCUUCCUGUUUUAAAAAAAGGAUUGAAAAAUAAAAAUAUGAAUAAUUUUGUCAUUUUGUCUUCCACUAUUAACGGAUAUGAAGGCACAGGCAGAUCUCUAUCUUUGAAAUUAAUAACAGAAUUAAAAAAAGGAGAAAAAAUAAAAGAAAUAACUCUUGAAUAACCUAUAAGAUAUAAUUAAAAUGAUGUUAUAGAACAUUGGUUAAAUGAAGUCAUGCUUUUAGAAGCUUGUAAUGAAGUUCCAUUAAAAAAAGGACUCGUCCAUCCGAACGAAUAAAAAAAUAGUAAAGAUUUCCCUGAUGUUCUAUGUGCUGUUUAGGUUGCUUUGGAAGGCGGAAUUUCUGAAAAAGAAAUACUUAUUAAAUAAGAAAAAAGCUCUAAACCUAAUGGAGAUUUAGUUCCUUGGGUUUUAUAAGAAUAAUUUUUAGAUAACUAAUUCCCUUAAGGUCUUGGGGUUAGAAUUGUGAGAAUUGCUAGUCAUCCAUCCGCUUGUAGAAUGGGAUACGGAAGUAAAUGUUUAGAAUUAUUAACAAGAUUUUUUUAAGGAGAAAUUAUUAGUUUAGAUGAAAAUGAAAGUACCACAAAAUUCGAUGUUUUCGGGGAAAACUAAGGGUAGAUAUAAAGAUUAUUAGGAAAAUUAACUGAGGCUAAUAUCCCUAAAGAAGAAUAAGAAGAAGGUUAAAAUAAAAUUGCUGUUUUACCCAAAAUUAUGGAUAAAGAAGCAUUUGAGAAAUACCUAAAUGCUUAUGAUAUGAAAAGGAUUGAAGCUUACGUUAAAAGUUUGGCCGAUUUUGAUCUUAUUAAGGAUCUUUUGAGUGUUUUAUAUUGCCUAAUAAUGCCUUUUUGA